UUGUUUAUCUUGAAAUUUUUUUUGUCUGUUAAAACCGUUUUAAUUCUAUGUUUAAUGUUUAAUCUAUUUUUAAAAACAUGAUUAAAAAAUAUACGAUAAAUGAUAUAAUUUAGAAAACAAAUUUAAAUUACAUUUAAUUCGAAUUUGGUUAAAUAUAUUAUAUUGUCAUCGAUUAUGAAUCGAUUAUGAAGGUAUCUCGAAUUGGUUUGAAAUAUUGAUAUCAAGUAAUAAAAAAUUAUAUUAAACAAUAUAAUUUGACGCUGGACCUUGUUUUAUACUUGUUUUUUAAUUUUUUAAAUUUUAUGUAUAAUAUAUUUCCAAAAAAACAGCCGUACUCUAUAACAGAGAAAAUGGAGAGUGAUCUAUCUAAUGAUUUAUGUGAUGCUAUUCAAAAGGAUGAUUUAUGUAAAGUUAUAGAUUUGAUUUCUAAAGGAGCUAAUAUUAAUGCUUGUAAUAAUAGUGGUAAGUUUCCUUUGCAAAUAGCUGUAAAAAAGGAAUCUACGAAGAUCAUAGAAGAACUUAUACAGAAAGGUGCCGAUGUUAAUAUUAAAGUUUACUAUGAAAAUCAAAAUAUACCACUUGUAGAAUAUGCCAUGGCAGAAAGUAACGAAAAUAUAGUUACAUUAUUAGUAGAGAAAGAUGCUUCUGUUAUAUUUAAUAAUAAUAAUGAAGAAAAAGUAUUACACUAUAUCAUCAAGAAUGGUAUGCUUGAACUGCUAAAACAGCUAAUUAAUAAAGGAAUUAAUAUUAAUUUAAAAAUAAAUGAGGAUGAAACACCUUUACUUAUAGCAGUCAAACAAGGACAAUUGGAAAUUGUUAUAUUUUUAUGCAAAAUGGGAGCUGACAUAAAUACACGUACUUCCAGAAAUAGUACACCAUUACAUUUUGCUGUAUCAUGUCCAGUUUCUUUUGAAAUUACAGAAUUUCUCAUUAAUAAUGGUGCAGAAAUUGAUGCAGAAAAUGUAUUCGGCUAUACACCACUACAAUGUGCUCUCUAUGAUAAAAAUUUAAAAACAGCUAAACUUUUAGUAGAAAAAGGUGCUAACAUAAACAGAAUUUAUAUAAAUACCCAUUAUGCUCGACAGAGAUUAGGAGGUACACUUUUACAUUGGGCUUCUCGAAAUUGGAAUUCAGAUGAAUCAAUAAAAUUUCUUAUAACAAAUGGAGCAGAUAUUAAUGCUACUGAACGUGAUGGUAGAACACCUCUUUGUUUAUUAGUAAAACAUAAUGGAACUUCAGAAAUGGUAACGUUUUUUGUUAAAAAUGGUGCAGAUCUUAACAAUAAAGGUGGUGGUAGUCCAUUAUAUUGGGCUAUCUAUUGCCGUGAUAUAAGAUUACAAACUUUAUUAAUAGAAUUGGGAACAGAUGUUAAUAGUGUUAUUGAUAGCCAUGAUGGUUUAAAAGCACCAUUGCAUUUAGUACGUGAUUUAUCUAUGGUAAAACUUCUUAUAGAUAAAGGAGCUAAUGUAAAUAUUAAAGAUAAAUCCAAUAGCACACCAUUACAUUAUGCUAAUCAUCUUUCUAUAGUAAAGUGUCUUGUGGAAAAUGGUGCUGAUAUAAAUGCUAAAAACAGUGAAGGAAACACACCUUUACAUACAGCUUUUAAUUUUCCUAUAGUGGAAUAUUUAGUGGAAAAAGGUGUAGACGUAAAUAUUCCUAAUUUUGAAGGGUAUACACCAUUGCACUUUGUCAAACAUGUAAUUAUAGCAGAGUAUUUGAUAGAACAAGGUGCUAAUAUUAAAGCAGUUACAAAAGAUGGAAAAUCCGUAUUACAUAGUAUUAUUGAAAUGAAUACAUACAGCGAUAUAAAUUUUACCGAUUUAUCAAAUUUGAUAUAUUUUUUGAUAGAGAAAGGUAUAAAUAUUGACAUUACUGAUAAUAAUGGUGAUACACCAUUGCAUUUAUGUGGUACAACAUAUAAUAAUUUUACAGCAAAGAUAUUGAUUGAAAAUGGCGCAAAUAUUUCUGCUACUAACAUUGAAAAUAAAAAACCAAUAGAUGUAAAUAAUAGAAUAUUUGGAGAUAUAAUCACUUCUAAAAAUAAACUGUUUACUGCUGUGACUGAAAAUUCAUCCUGGAAAAGUAUAGAAUAUUUACUUUUUGGUGGAGUUAAUUUGUUAAAUAUUCCAUUAGAUAAUCUUAAAACAAAUGUAUUACAUUAUAUGGCACAAUAUAGUCAUGAAAGUAUAGUGAAAAACUUGUUUAAACAUCAACGAUAUAGAAGAAAUGUUAAUUUUAUUACUAAACAUAAAUUCGUAAAUGCUCAAAAUAUAAAUAAUUGGAUGCCUUUACAUUAUGCUGCAUUAAGAGGAAAUGAGAGCAUAGUUAAAUAUUUAUUGGAUAAUGGUGCAAUAUAUAAUUCCGAAACUUUACAAUUUGAAACACCAAUAAAACUUACUACUAAUGAUAAAAUUAAAAGUAUACUUCAAUUAUCAGAAAAAAUAUUUGAGUAUGUAAAAGUAGGAGAUGAAACAGAGGUUGCUAAAUGUAUUCAAAUACAAAAAGAACUUAUUAAUGCUAAAGAGAAUAAUGGUAAUAGUCUUUUACAUGUUGCCAUUUGUCAUGAUCAUACAGAUAUUACAAUGUUGCUAUUAAAUCAUAAAGCUGAUUUUACUCAAAUUAAUAAUACAAAAAACACAACGUUACAUUUUGCUACUUUCAAGGGUAUGAAAGAUAUAAUUGCAAUUUUGCUUACAAAUGCGGAGAAAACUAGAAUUCUAAAUGAGUUCAUUAAUUUAAAAACAACAAAUGGCAUGACUGCUCUCCAUAUGGCUGCAGAGAACAAUUUUAUCGAUCUUAUAAAACUUUUAUUGAGUCAUGGUGCAAUCUAUAAUGAAAAAAAUAAAGAAGGCAAAAUACCAAUGGAUCUUUCUAUGGACAAAGAUAUUAUUGAUUAUUUAAAAUUUGUACAGGAAUUAUUUGAAGAUGCAAAAUAUGGAAAAAUUGAAAUUAUUAAUAAAUUACAGAAUUUAAAUUGUAACGAAUUUAAAACAGUUACAACUAUUUGUAAUAGACAAGGAUAUACAUUGAAGGAUAUUAUGAAAUUUAAUGGAUAUGAUUGUAUUAUUCAAAAAUUUUUAGAAAUAGAAUCAACGAAAAGUAUUUCAGUCAACAUGAGUAAGACAUGUUUAAAUAAAUACGAAAAUAAAUAUUCAGACGAAAGUGACCAGGAAGAUCUAGGUUUCGGUCUAUUUGACUAAUCAAAGAAAAGUACACUUAUAUCUAUUGGAUUGGCAACUAAGUGAUUGCGGAUUUUGUCGUUUCCUUCUUAUUUGAAAUCCGGCAAUCACUUAGUUGCCAACCCAAUAUAUUUUAAUCUAUUAUGUUUAUAUGUCAACUACAAAUAUCAAAAGUUUUAGAUUAAAUUAUAUUUAUUAUAUUCCAAACAGAUUUAACUUCAUUUUUAAUAAUUUUUGAAAAGAUAUGAAAACAUGUUUGAUGAAAUAUAUUAUAACGUUUAUAUAAUAUGCUUUUUAUUAUUUAAUUUAUAAUUAUUAUUUAUUUAUGAAUAUAUAAUUAUAUAGAUGUUUUAAAUAUCGUGCGUGUAACCAGACAAUUUAUAUUUCGUCGAUAAUAGCGAUCGCAGAUCGCAAGUGUCAUUUAUUGUUAAUCAAUUUUUUGAUCCCUUUGAUAGGCAACAUUAUAGUGACGCGUAUUCAGUAUAUAAUGUAUUCAGGCGUGACACAUAUUUGAUAUCGUUACGAAACGAACAUCUAAACAAAAAUUUUCAAUAUUUCAGUUUGUUUGGAAGAUAAUUAUCUUUUAUACUUUUUGCGAUUCCAGAAAGUAAGAACUUAUUGCAACACUUGCAUUUUAGUUAAAAAGUAUGCUUAUUUAACAAUUGUUUGAUUUGCCUGAAUUUUAAAUAACCAUAGGAUUGUAUUGCAAGAAAGGGGGUAGAACUCACAUCGAUGUAUUUUUCACAUUUAAUGUUGAAGAAACUAGCACGUUGUUCGCCCCUGAGUUGUUUCUGUAAUGUAGGUCGUCGUCUAACUGUUCCGCGUACCGUUCCGCCGAGUCCAUACCACGUCCAUUAGUUUGGUCCAACUUGGCUCUUUCAGCUCUUCCUCUCUGGUUACAGUAUUUUUCUGCGAAGAGGAAAAGUAACUUAGCACGAUAAUAUCUAUGAUCAGAUUUUCAUGGAAUAAAAACUACUUCAUUUAUUA